AUGAACACGUCAAGCGUUAUCUUCGAGAUCGCUGACACCCUCAGACAUCCGGAUCCCCAUAAGGAAGGCAUUUUCCUCUGUUUCAACCAACUUUUCCUGCCCUGUUUGUUGUCAUCACGAGUCGUGAAAGUCUCCUGGUAUUUCUCGGGAGGGACUAGUCUGGUCGAUUGGAUUGGUCUUUACAGAAUAGGUAAGUUAGUGUAUACAAAAUUUCUCAUUUCUUCAGAAGAGAAUAACCCGCUGAAUUACAUUGAUUACAAGAGUUUUGGUGUUUGUGGAUUCUCGAAAGGGCAAGUUGAGUGGAAAAUCACUUGGGAUCACAUGGAAGAAAACGACAAUCACUCCAAAAUCAACUUCAGGUAACCAACAUUCAAUCGCAAAAUGAUGUUUCAGAUAUUUUUCCGGCAUAUCUGGGACUGUGCGAGCAACCAGCGAAGAUGUUCUUGUAUACAAAGAUGCCCAUGUAGUAGUGAAGGCAAUUGUCUGUGAAAACCUCGAUUACAAAAAUAAAGAGUUGCUGGUUAAAAUCGAGUACAGCACAGGCUGUAGCUACACAACGGAUGUCUCAAAACAGCCCAUUUGGAUGGAUCUGGUAAAAAGAGUCAUCUGGAUUGUUUUUAAUUUUUUCAGAAUUUUUGUUUCCCAUCCGAUCGUUCCAAAGAAUUGACAAUAACGUUAAAAGAAAAGAGGAAAUGCAAUUCGAAAGUAAUUGGAGAGGCCAACAUCAGCAUCGCCAAUAUUAUACACAGCAAUAAUAAGUAAGUCAAAACUACUUCCAACUACAAUUCAGGAUAAUCUCGGCAUCUCUGCGGCCGGCAAAUGGAUAUACACUAAUGAAUACCACCAUCAGAAUACACUGCGGUUUCGAACCGGCCCAGAGAAAGUCGGUACAAGGUCAGUGGCCACAAAGACUUUUUUCUGCCUCGAGGCAAUGAAUGCCAAAAAAGAAUAAACCCAGAGAUAAACGACUUUAUUCUUACUUUCAGACACUAUGCAAUUGCUCCAAGAAUUGGAUUCCGAGGAUAUUCUAGAUCUGCCCUCCAGUUCUAAUAAUAAUUUUUCGCCUAAGGCUAUGGAAAGAUCUCUGUACUCGAUGGAGUCAAACAAAAGCUCCAACCAAAAUACUAGAAGCUCAUCUUUUCUUCCGAAAGGUAAUCAUUUAUAUUAUGCGCAAUAUAAGGCCAUGUGAUUUUUUUUUAGGUUGGGAAGUUAGAGUGGAUCGUCAUAAUCGUCUUAUUUACGUUGAUCACAACCAAAAGAAAACAACCUGGAAUCCUCCAGUUCUGUUGGAAAGAGAAAUAGAGGAAAAUGCAAAUAUCCCUAUUAAGAGUAAUCGGAGAACUGUAAUGAAUAUGCCCAAAAUAUCCAAACAAGACCUCCCAAUCGCCGUGAAAUUCAUUCAGUCAUUCGAUUUCCACAAUAAUCUUUACAAAAAACCGGUAAGUGAUAGUUAAAGUAUUGGGUCGUAAAGAAGAUUCGUUCGGUUUUUUAUCUGAUUUGUUUUAUAAUCUAAAUAAUAUAAUACAAGAAUUGUUUGCUGUUUGGCAAAAGGUAUUUAUUUAUUUGAUACAGCUUCUCCUCUACGAAACUGCGUUUUUAGUUUUUUUGAUAAUUUUUUUUCGGUCUCAAAAAUGAUUAUCCAGAAGGCAAAAAUUUGCGUUUCCGACACCUGCUUUUUUUCGCCGAGCAACACGUAGACAUAAACAGCGCUUUUUGUAUCGAAUCAUCACGGGAGAUGAGAAAUGGUGUCUGUAGUGAAGCAAAGAAGGGAGUGGGUGGCCCCAGGAGACAGUCAAGCAAGAUCUCCACCCAAAAAGGCCAUGAUCUGCGUUUGGUGGGACUGGGAAGGCAUGGUGCAUUGGGAAAUGCUUGAAAAGACCGCCACGGUCAACAAGGAGCUCUAUGUUGUCCAGCUACACCGCGUGAAUGAGGCUAUUCGACUGAAAAGGCCCGAUAGACAAGGCCAAGUCAUCUUGUUCCACGAGUCAUCUUGCUCCCAUGUUGCACAAGUCGUCACCCCAAGAGCUUGAAUGGGAGGUUCUUCAGCACCCGCCAUCCUCUCGGACCUUGCGCCAACCGAUUACCACCUUUUCCGCUCCUUAUCAAACCAAAUCCGGGGUGAAAAAUUCUACGGUGAAGAGGACCUCAAAUACUUUUUAGAGCCUGAAUGACAAGAAAUUAAAUUUUCAAAAAAAAAAAACAAAAGACACAGUUCUGUAGAGGAGACAGAGCUGUAUCAAAUAUGUAAACACUUUUUCAAACAACAAAAAAAAUUGUAAAACAAAACAAUAAAAAAACCGAACAAACUUUCUUUACGAUCCGAUAAAUAAACAGCAUUACAGGAAGCUCUGGAAUUGUACAAUCAAAGCCCAUACCUCAGAUAUCUGCUUCAAAAGUUGAGAAGAAACAAAGCAGAGUUCAGAGAAUUAGACACCAAUAAAGAACUGAUGAGAUUCCUGAAUAUUUUCGCUGAUACUACACAACCCUUGCCCAAUGGAUGGGAAAUCGCUGUGAGAAAAGAGGACUCGCAGGUAAAAUAAUAAUAAAAUAGGCAAUGUAACCAACACCUGCUUAGAGGUUCUUCGUUGAUCAUAACAAUAAAACUAUUGGCCUCCUAGAUCCCCGACUUCCAAUCUCAAAUCCUCAACAAAUACGGACUAAAAUACGAUCAAGGAGUGAACCGCCAAAGCAAAAUAAUGCGAUCGUAAGUCAACAAAACCACAAAUUUGACUUAAUCAGGGCCAUGACGUCACCCUUUUGGCAUUGGACAUCAAUAGAAAGAGUAAAGAACUGAAGGCCCUGGUGAAGACAAUGAUGCCUGAGGUGUCUAGUAAAGUUUGCAAACAAUUGGAUUACAUCAGAGUUCGCGGAGAUCUCGGGCUCUUGCAGUAUGCCAAUGACAUUGAUUUCAUAAAAGCCCUAAGGUAACCGUACAGAAUAAAAUCUUACAAACUCGUUUAGUCUUAUGGAAAAGGCAGAAAUCAGUGAAGCUAAAACAAACUUCGAACUCAAAUCGGAGUACUUCUACCAAUCCUUACAAAGAGCCGGCUAUGCUCAGGGACCAGGAAAAAUACGAUUCAAAUUACGAAGGAACAACCUGCUGAACGAUGCCUUUGACAAGAUCUUGGCAGUAGAUGAAUUGUAUUUGAAAAGAUACAAGAUGAUGGUUUCGUUUGACGACGAAGAUGGGUAAGUUUGCAAACCAUCACAGAAGAUCACCAAUAAUAUUUCAGAUUGGAUUACGGUGGACCAUCACGUGAACUCUUUUUCCUAUUAUCAAAAGAAAUAUUCAACCCUUACUAUGGCCUCUUUGAAUAUUCAUCUACAGAUUCUUACACCUUACAGAUCAGUCCGAUGUCAAAGUUGGUCGACAAUUACAUCCAAUGGAUGAAUUUGGCCGGAAAGAUAAUCGGCUUAGCUCUUAUACAUCAUUGCAUGGUCGACACUUUCUUUACAACUCCGUUUUAUAAGAUAAUUCUAGGAAUGUAAGCAAAUAUAAUUAAUCAAAAAUUUGAUUUAGACCUUACACUUUGGAGGAUCUAAAAGAUACAGAUCGAGAAUUCUAUCAAUCCCUAAAUUGGAUAAAGAAAAACAAAACCGAUCCUGAAUUGGAUAUGACAUUUACAGCUACUAAAGAAGUUGCCGGGAGAAUAGGAGAAGUCGAAUUAAUAACUGGAGGGAAGGAUCUGCUAGUAACGGAUGCAAACAAGGACCAAUUCAUCUCUUUGAUGCUCAAAUGGAAACUGGAAAAGAAUGUCGAAGAACAGUUGAAAUCUUUCCUUAACGGACUCUUCUCUGUACGCAUAUAUUGUAAUCGAAAGUAUUGUUUUAGGUGGUAGACAGAGAAUUCCUGAGGAUAUUUGAUCCAAACGAACUCUCGUAUAUUUUAUCAGGAUCUGUAGAAAUCGACCUGAAUGAUUGGAGGAAAAAUACCGAAUACAAAGGAGGAUUCAGCGACUCUCAUCCAGUAAUCCGGUGGUUCUGGCAAUUCGUUUAUGAAAUGACAAACUCGGAGAGAUUAAAGCUGCUUCAAGUAAGGUCACCCCAACAUGUUUGUUUUCACUUCUCUUCAGUUUGUAACCGGGACAACAACAAUACCACAUGAAGGAUUUAAAGCCCUUAGGGGAUCUGAUGGCCUCAAAAAGUUUACAAUUGACCGAUGGGGAGAUACGACCAGUCUUCCUCGGGCACACACUUGCUUCAAUCGACUAGAUCUGCCAUGUUACACUACUUUCACAAUAUUGAAAGAGAAACUACAAACCGCGAUGACUGAAAGCGUCAGUUACGCAAUUGAAUAA